UUCGCUGUCCGGUCCACAUCGUUAAUCCACACCGACACACACACCACACUGCACUUAAAUUCCACCAACAACGCUUCUGCUGUGGUGGUUUCUCCUUCAACACCAGGGGGAAUUUUCUCCACCAAUCGCUUCUCCAAGGAUUCUUAGAACACCGUAGCUAAGAUGAAGGCACUUAUUCUUGUUGGAGGGUUUGGAACCAGAUUGAGGCCGUUGACACUCAGCGUGCCAAAGCCACUUGUUGAUUUUGGCAACAAGCCCAUGAUUUUGCAUCAGAUAGAAGCCCUCAAGGCUAUUGGGGUUACUGAAGUGGUCUUGGCAAUCAAUUAUCAGCCAGAGGUUAUGAUGAACUUCUUGAAGGAUUUCGAGGCAAAGCUCGGGAUAAAGAUUACAUGCUCCCAAGAGACCGAGCCUCUCGGUACUGCUGGUCCCCUUGCUUUAGCUAGGGACAAACUUAUUGAUGAUUCUGGCGAGCCAUUUUUCGUACUUAACAGUGAUGUCAUCAGUGAAUACCCGCUAAAAGACAUGAUCGAAUUCCACAAAGCCCACGGAGGAGAGGCUUCUAUCAUGGUGACCAAGGUGGACGAGCCUUCAAAAUAUGGCGUUGUCAUUAUGGAAGAGUCGACCGGACAGGUUGAGAGGUUUGUCGAGAAGCCAAAGAUAUUCGUUGGUAACAAGAUCAAUGCUGGCAUCUAUCUGCUCAACCCCUCAGUUCUGGACCGUAUUGAGCUACGGCCCACCUCCAUCGAAAAAGAGGUGUUCCCGAAAAUCGCAGCCGAGAAAAAGCUGUAUGCGAUGGUGCUGUCAGGGUUCUGGAUGGACAUCGGGCAGCCAAAGGACUACAUCACCGGCCUGAGACUUUACUUAGACUCCUUGCGGAAGCAGUCGUCUCCGCUGCUGGCCUCUGGCACUAAUAUAAUCGGCAACGUCUUGGUGGACGAAACUGCCAAAAUCGGCGAGGGAUGCUUGAUCGGGCCUGAUGUUGCAAUUGGUCCCGGCUGCGUUGUCGAGUCGGGCGUGAGGCUGUCUCGCUGCACAGUCAUGCGGGGAGUCCGGAUCAAGAAACACGCUUGCGUUUCGGGCAGUAUCAUUGGCUGGCACUCCACUGUCGGUCAGUGGGCCCGUGCGGAGAACAUGACCAUCCUAGGCGAAGAUGUCCACGUCGGGGAUGAGGUCUACAGCAACGGCGGCGUGGUCUUGCCUCACAAGGAGAUCAAGUCCAGCAUCCUGAAACCAGAGAUUGUGAUGUGAGGUCUGUUCAAUUACCAAAUCUUGUUUGCUAAGCUAUACUAUGUCUGAAAUAUGUAAUGGUUUGUGAUUUGUUCUAGUGCUUCUUCUAUUCUUGAUUUUGAUUUUUAAUUUAACCAACUGUAAAAGUCAGUCCUUGCCUUAGUUUCUCCCUUUCUCUUGGCUUGAACAGACAUCUCUAUUUGUGUGUUAAUUAUGUGAUGUGAUCUUGUAAAUAGAAAUAAAUUUAAAUUAAGCAUUGUUUCUUGGUGACUUUUUUGUGGAUGUAUUGUAUAAGGAUGAUGAAUACUACUGUUUUGGA